CGCGGAGCGCGCGCGAUGGAGCUGCGGCGCCUCUGGCUGCUCUGCUGCUGCUGCUGCGGCUGCUGCCCCGGCGCCGCCCCGGCCCCGCCGAGUGGCCGCGACCCGCCCGCCGCCUUCCGGGAAAGUCUUAAUAGACAUCGAUACUUGAAUUCUUUAUUUCCUGGUGAAAACUCCACUGCCUUCUAUGGAAUAAAUCAGUUUUCUUAUUUGUUCCCUGAAGAGUUUAAAGCUAUGUAUUUAAGAAGCAGGCCUUCCAGUUUUCCCCGGUUUCUGGCAGACGCGCACACAUCCAUCUCCAACGUGUCUUUGCCGUUAAGAUUUGACUGGAGGGACAAGCACGUCGUCACCCCAGUGAGGAACCAGCAGGCGUGCGGCGGAUGCUGGGCCUUCACCGUGGUAGGAGCAGUGGAGUCCGCGUGCGCCAUAAAAGGGCAGCCUUUGGAGGCGCUGAGUGUCCAGCAGGUCAUAGACUGUUCAUACAACAACUACGGCUGCCACGGAGGGUCCCCGCUCAACGCUUUGAACUGGCUCAAUAAGAUGCAAGUGAAGCUGGUGAGAGAUUCAGAAUACCCGUUUAAAGCCCAGAAUGGCCUGUGCCGUUACUUUUCUGACUCACAUUCUGGAUUUUCAAUCAAAGGUUAUUCUGCCUAUGACUUCCGUGACCAGGAAGACGAAAUGGCAAAAGCACUGUUUACCUUGGGCCCUCUGAUAGUGGUAGUAGAUGCCGUGAGCUGGCAAGAUUAUCUGGGAGGCAUCAUACAGCAUCAUUGCUCUAGUGGAGAAGCAAAUCACGCCGUUCUGGUAACCGGCUUUGAUAAAACAGGAAGUACCCCGUACUGGAUCUUGAGGAACUCCUGGGGAACUUCCUGGGGCAUAGACGGCUGUGUCCACGUAAAAAUGGGAGGAAACAUUUGUGAGUGAUGAAUACCUCUCGGCUCUUCUGGAUUUUGAUAACAUUUAUAAUAAAACAACCUGUAUCUGACUUUGGGUUAAGAAGACUCUGUCCAUGUGUGUGGCUUACAUUUUGUGAACACAGUGUUAAUGUGGUUUACAUUCACACAAGAGUUUUCUCAGCUCCAAAUCCAUAUAUUUAAUUUUUGGUUUUCUCCAUAGACAUCUUAACUUCAAUGUCGGCACACUCUCUCCUUCCCCUCCUCAAAACAACAAAAUAACAGCAACGAAAAACCUAAAAAACAACAAACUCCCACACCGCCUAGAGUCUCUGUUUUGGGUAACAGCAUAAGCACCAUGUAAUAACCCAGUCAAUAAAACUGAGGGAAAUCUUAGAGGUUCCAUCAGGUCAGCUACACCUGAGGACCCAUCACCUAAUCACCCACCUGCUCUCCAUUUCCUUUCUCCAUCCUUCACUCGAUGCAUGUUCUUUAGCAUCUGUGACCCCCACUGCUCAGGCGUCCACCCACCGGACCCCUUGUCCCUCAGUCUGGGGCUUCUCGAGUACGGCCCCCAGACCAGGAGCCACCUGAGGACUUGGAAACUGUUUCGUCAGCCCCCCAGGUGUUUGUGAUGGACGGAUUGAUAAUCCGUGUGUCCCCGGGGUUUACAUUUCUAAAAGGCACCAUUUUCAUGUUACCCCUCUGUUUUAGCCCAUUCAGGGGUUCCCAGUGCCUAAAAGAUAACAUACCAGCUUUCCUAAGUGAGCUUUUCCCAGAGACGCCCCUUCCUGCCUCCUCAGCCUCACCAACUGCUGUGGCACGUGGGCGUGUGCUGUGCUGCCGCCCUGACCAGUGCUGGACAUUCGCCCGUGAGGCCGAGCGGAGAGCAAUGAAAUCUUCACGUAAUAAUUAGGAGUCAUAAUGAAAAUAACCAAGAUGUUCCUGGAUGUGAUUUCACUGGGAUCUCAGAGUAAAUACUAAAUUAGCCUUACAGCGAUUUCAUGAUUCAUUUAAGAAUUACUAAAAGUGGGUCUUAGGCACUAGAAGCAGGUUUAAUGGGCAAGAGUACUAACUGGUAUUAUGAGUGGUUUCGACAUUUACGUGAGGAUUAGCGAUACGUCACUUGAAAAAAACUACAACUAUAUAACCUAGUCACACCAAGAAACAGAUAAAAAUGACUAAAUCAGAUCAUUUAGUCCAUUAAAAGAAUAUGCCUUGACAAAUAGCAUUUAUUCCAGGAUUCCAAGGCAUCUUGAUGGACGGAACAUCCAGUAACAUACUUCUUCAUUACUUCAUGAGAAAAAGCAAAGAUGGUAAGUAUUUUAUCCCCGAUACAUAGAGAGGAAACUGGGGAUUAAACUGGUUGUUUGGACCAAAGUAGAUAAUUAAUAGAUGCAUUUGAUCUCAAACUUGCUGACUUAUUUCAAAGGGAGUGUCACUGGCCACGUUACUUGUCUCUGGAUUUUUCAACUUAACCACCUUCUGGUACCACGUACCUGUACCUGCACACACACACACACAC